CGGAGCGGCGGCAACGGCAGCAUGGAAGCGGUGCCGCGCGACGAGAAGCCCAACCCGCUGCGCGACGCCAACCUCUGCUCGCGGCUCUUCUUCUGGUGGUUAAAUCCGUUAUUUAUUAUUGGACAUAAACGGAGGUUGGAAGAAGAUGAUAUGUAUAAAGUGUUGCCAGAAGACUCCUCGGAGAAGCUCGGAGAGGAAUUACAGUGGUACUGGGAUAAAGAGGUGCAAAAAGCAAAAAAAGAUGGAAGAACGCCACAUUUAACAAAAGCAAUCAUACUGUGUUAUUGGAAAUCCUAUUUAGUUUUUGGAAUUUUCACAAUGAUUGAGGAAACCCUCAAAAUAGUUCAGCCAAUAUUUUUGGGAAAAAUUAUUAAUUAUUUUGAAAACGAUGAUUCCUCUGAUGAGGAAGCUUUGAAUUUUGCUUACUGCUAUGCAGCUGCUCUCUCUGUGUGCACUCUUAUUCUAGCUACGAUGCACCACUUAUACUUCUAUCAUGUACAGCGGGCUGGCAUGAAGCUGAGGGUAGCUAUGUGUCAUAUGAUUUAUCGGAAGGCACUCCGUCUCAGUAACACAGCCAUGGCGAAAACUACCACUGGCCACAUAGUAAAUCUUCUUUCAAAUGAUGUGAACAAAUUUGAUCAGGUGACAAUCUUCCUGCACUUCCUGUGGGCUGGACCAAUUCAGGCGAUAGCAGUAACMGUGCUUCUCUGGAUGGAAAUAGGCCCCUCGUGCCUCGCAGGAAUGGCAGUCCUCAUUAUCCUGCUCCCUGUGCAGACCUGCAUUGGGAGGCUUUUCUCUUCCCUGAGAAGCAAGACAGCUGCCUUUACCGACGUCAGGAUUAGGACCAUGAAUGAAGUUAUAAGUGGUAUGAAGAUAAUAAAGAUGUACGCUUGGGAAAAAUCGUUUGCUGAACUUGUGAGUGGUUUAAGAAGGAAGGAGAUUGCCAUGGUUAUGAAAAGCUCCUACCUUCGCGGCCUGAACCUGGCCUCCUUCUUCGUGGCGAGCAAGAUCACGGUGUUCAUGACCUUCAUGGCCUACGUGCUGCUGGGCAACGUCAUCUCGGCGAGCCGCGUGUUCGUCGCCGUGUCGCUCUACGGCGCCGUGAGGCUCACGGUCACGCUCUUCUUCCCCGCCGCCAUCGAGAGGGUGUCGGAGGCCGUGGUCAGCAUACGGCGCAUCAAGAACUUUCUGAUACUUGAUGAGGUCUCACACUUCAAACCACAACUGCACAGUAGUAAYGAGAAUGCUGUUCUGCAUGUCCAGGAUUUGACUUGCUAUUGGGAUAAGAGUUUCGAUAGCCCAGCACUUCAACAGCUUUCAUUUACUGUCAGACGAGGAGAAUUAUUGGCUGUCAUUGGUCCAGUGGGAGCUGGAAAAUCUUCACUUUUAAGUGCUGUGCUUGGUGAGCUGCCUAAAGAGAAAGGAUUGAUAAAUGUUUCUGGAAGAAUUGCCUAUGUUUCUCAACAACCCUGGGUGUUUUCUGGUACAGUAAGAAGUAAUAUACUGUUUGACAAGGAAUAUGAGAAGGAAAAAUAUGAAAAAGUUCUGAAAGCCUGUGCUCUUAAAAAGGACAUGGAAUUAUUAGCAAAUGGUGACUUAACAGUGAUAGGAGACCGUGGAGCUACGCUGAGUGGAGGACAGAAGGCUCGUGUAAAUCUGGCCAGAGCUGUAUAUCAAGAUGCAGACAUCUAUCUUUUGGAUGAUCCACUGAGCGCAGUAGAUGCUGAAGUUGGGAGACACUUGUUUGAAAAGUGUAUUUGUCAGGCCUUACAUCAAAAGGUCCUUGUUCUGGUGACUCACCAGUUGCAAUAUCUCCGUGCUGCAUCUCAGAUUCUCAUCUUAAAAGAUGGUAAGAUGGUGGGGAAAGGUACCUAUGCAGAGUUCCUGAGAUCUGGCAUCGACUUUGCUUCCCUUUUGAAAAAAGAUGAGGAGGGAGAACAGCCCUCGGUGCCCGGCACCCCCAACCUGAAGGCCUCCAGGAACCGCACRUUUUCCGAGUCCUCCGUCUGGUCCCAGGAUUCCUCGGUGCACUCGCAGAAAGACGGAGCAGCGGAGCAGCCGCCCGUUGAAAAUGCACUGGCCGCAAUGCCAGAGGAGAGCCGCUCUGAAGGAAAAAUAAGCCUUAAGGUUUACAGAAAAUAUUUCUCUGCAGGAGCAAACUACUUCGUAAUUUUUAUACUUGUACUAUUCAAUAUUUUGGCACAGGUGGCAUACGUGCUCCAGGAUUGGUGGCUUUCCUACUGGGCGAACAGUCAGGAGAAGUUGAAUGUCACAACAAAUGGGAAUAAUGGAGGAAAUGAGACUGAACAUCUAGACCUUAACUUUUAUUUAGAAAUAUAUGCAGGUUUAACGGUGGCUACAAUACUGUUUGGCAUCAUAAGGAGUCUUCUGGUUUUUCAAGUUCUUGUUAAUUCUAGUCAGACUUUGCACAACAAAAUGUUUCAGUCCAUUUUGAAAGCUCCUGUGCUGUUUUUUGACAGAAAUCCUAUAGGAAGAAUCUUAAAUCGCUUCUCGAAGGAUAUUGGCCACCUGGAUGACCUGCUUCCAUUGACAUUUUUGGACUUUGUGCAGACUCUCCUACAGAUUUUUGGUGUGGUAGCUGUGGCUGUGGCAGUGAUUCCUUGGAUACUAAUCCCCUUAAUUCCACUAUUUAUUCUUUUCAUUUUUCUUCGACGAUAUUUCUUAGACACUUCAAGAGAUAUUAAGCGCCUGGAAUCCACAACUCGAAGUCCAGUGUUCUCCCACUUGUCGUCAUCCCUCCAGGGCCUUUGGACUAUUCGGGCUUUGAAAGCAGAGGAAAGAUUUCAGAAAUUAUUUGAUGCACACCAAGACCUCCACUCAGAGGCCUGGUUUCUAUUUCUGACAACCUCGAGGUGGUUUGCUGUGCGUCUGGAUGCCAUCUGUGCCAUUUUUGUUAUAGUGGUUGCCUUCGGUUCCCUGCUUCUCGCCAAGACUCUGAAUGCAGGGCAGGUUGGUUUGACACUCUCCUAUGCCAUCACUAUCAUGGGAACGUUCCAGUGGGGUGUUAGACAAAGUGCUGAAGUUGAAAACCUGAUGAUAUCGGUCGAAAGAGUAAUGCAGUACACGGAGCUGGAGAGGGAGGCGCCCUGGGAGACGGACAAGCACCCGCCGCCGGAGUGGCCCAGCCAGGGGAUGAUCGCCUUUGAAAACGUCAACUUCACCUACAGCCUCGACGGGCCUCUGGUGCUAAGGCAUUUGUCUGUUGUGAUUAAACCGAGGGAAAAGGUGGGAAUAGUGGGCAGAACAGGAGCUGGAAAGAGCUCUCUGAUCGCAGCGCUCUUUCGGCUGGCCGAGCCCGAGGGAAGGAUUUGGAUCGACAGGUACCUGACAUCGGAGCUGGGGCUCCAUGACUUGCGGAAGAAGAUUUCCAUCAUACCUCAGGAACCUGUUUUAUUCACUGGAACGAUGAGAAAAAAUCUAGAUCCUUUCAACGAAUACACCGAUGAAGAGCUGUGGAAUGCCUUGGAAGAGGUGCAGCUGAAGGAGCUCGUGGAGGAUCUGCCCGGCAAGAUGGAGACCCAGCUGGCGGAAUCGGGCUCUAAUUUUAGCGUUGGCCAGAGGCAGCUCGUGUGUCUCGCCAGGGCGGUUCUAAAAAAAAACCGGAUCCUUAUCAUUGAUGAAGCAACAGCCAACGUGGACCCAAGGACGGACGAGUUCAUCCAAAGGACGAUCCGAGAGAAGUUUGCGCAGUGCACGGUGCUGACCAUCGCUCACCGCCUGAACACCAUCAUCGACAGCGACAAGAUUAUGGUUUUAGAUGCAGGACGACUAAAAGAAUAUGGUGAGCCUUACAUUUUGCUGCAGGAGAAAGACGGCUUGUUUUACAAAAUGGUGCAACAAGUGGGCAAGACUGAAGCAGCUUCUCUCAUGGAAACAGCGAAACGGGUUUACUUCAGUAAGAACUAUCCCGAAGUUGUUCAGAAUGGGCAGCUUGCCACGGACAGCUCCUUGGAUCCUKCCUCGGGAGUGUGGAUCACCGAAACUGCACUGUGAUUCCCGCAGCCGCUUCCCGGAGAACGGAAACCCGAGACUAUCCAAACUCAGUGACUGGCCAUGAGCAAGAGUAGGGGGGCGAUUCUUUGCACUGGACAUCCUUUCUAUUUAAUACUGAGAAGAAAUAUUUGUGUUAUUUUUUUUCUGUGCCUGUUUCUUUAAUUUCAGUGCAAUACAUGUUUUCCUUUCCAACUAAGUAUGUUUUUAUUGCUGAGGAGAUUAGGCGAACUAGGUUUUUAUUGGGAAGUUACGUGCUAGAGAUCUCUUUUAUUUAAGCAGGUGCAGGACACCUAACAGAUCUAGGCUGCAUUUUUGGAGCUUCUUAAAAACAUUGAGAUGUGUCCUUUUUCUCCYUUGGAAAUAGUUGGA